UUAGCUACCGUACCGGUACAACGGUGGCUACUACGGUACACGUACAUAUGUAGCUCCUGGCAAUGUAGCGAAACAAAAGCCCCCCUCAGUUGUACGACAUCGAUAGUUGUAUCGUUGUAUCCCCCCUCUAAAAGAAGGGCAUCACGAUUGUCUCCAAGUGUCGCCCGUUGAACAGUGUGGUGCCAUGCCGGUAGGGAUAGAGCUUAUCGUCGAAGCAGUGUGCGUCAGUUUUCGUGAAUGCCACAACCGACGAUGAGACCGAAAGGGAGACAAUGAUGCCAUAACCCGCCGCUGCCUAACACAGAGGGCACCGUUUCGUUACAGACGGGGGCACACCUCUACAAGAGUAUCCUGGUUAACGUCAGGAGGAGUGUCGCGUCGGGAAAGAAAGAGCCAUUACGAUUGUGGUUCCGAAAGAAAAAGACGAAGGAUUUGUACUUUGUGAGGCUGUGCUGCCUCCGCACCAAGCUGGAGUGAGGGAUCUUGCUGCAAGCGGAUCUGAUUUCUGGACGGUUAGUCGGUCGGGCGUAGUCAGUCAAGCAAGAUGGUUCGAGGUCGUCCACGUCGAACGACCCGGAAGACAACAAAAUCCGAAGGAUCGUCCACUGCUGGAUCUGCCAAUAACAGUGAAGAUGAGGAACAACCCGAUCGGGGAGAAGAGGAAGAGACGGAACCUCAGCAACCUACUCGUCGAUCCAGGCGGGCCAGAAAGCCAACUACCAAAGCAGCUCAGGCUGGGGCGACGGCAAAGCGAGCUACUGCCAAGAAACCAGAGGAUGACCAAGAUGACACGGAUGAACUGGAUGAAGAUGAUAGUGACGAUGAGAGCAACCAGAAAAAAGAGCCAAUAGAUGAGGAGACCGAAAAAAUAGAUGGGAAGGAAGGAGGAUCUGAAGAAGGAGGGAGUGGGCCCAAGAAGGACACUGGCCAGGAAGAAAGCCAAGAAUUGAAACAAGGGGAUGAUACCACAAAAUCGGAAGAACAACAGGAUGGGGAAGGAGAUGAUGAUGAGAAUGAUGAUGACAGUGAUUCAGAUUCAGAGGAUUCGCAACCAAUCAUUAAACUGGCGAAAGGGGCCGCCAAAAGAAAGCUAGAGAAAGCGAAACCAAAGCAAAAAGGGAGGAAGGUGGCAAGAAGACGGUCUAGUAGGUCACAGUCGGGAGGUGAGGAGAGCGACUCCAAGUCAACGACAACGACAAAGAAAAAGCAAGCCCCGACAAGGCGACGGAAGAGGGCGGCCAGCAAAAGUUCCGAAGAUGAGUCCCAAUCUAGUAGCAAAGCGACAACAACUACCAACAAGAGGCGGAGGACGAGGAGAGCUAAGGGCCGAGAAAAAGGGGCAGAUGACGAAAAAGGAGAGAGCUCAGAUGAUGAAGCACCUGAUCCUCCAGAAGGCAAGGAUCCACCCGCAGCUAACAGCAAAAUGCCCAGUAUCAGUGAGAAAGUUGAGGAUUCCGAUGCGUCUGGGGCAGCCAGUGAGGCUGAGGGUUUGCCUCCCACUGAUGCUAGCAACGAGGGAAGUCGCAUGGUACCAACGGGAAACAAAGAUGGGGGGCCAAACGAUACCAGUAGCACCGUAAAUGACUCGGGGAAAGUCACGGGUGCGACCAAGAGCGAUCCAGAUGGCAUCAUAAGAACUGAUGCUGGGGAGAUUGGCCCGAAACAAUCACGGGAGGGUAACGAAUCGGAUUCGGAUGUUUCGAGUAAAGCUUCCGAUGGCGCAAUGCAAAAUUUGCUGUCUAAGACACGUGGGACCUCAUCAAAUGACGAGAUGUCGGUCAUAGAGGAGGGCGACGAAGACGCGGAAGAAGAAGAAAGGGGGCAAGAUGCAGAAUCUUCAUUGAACGUCGAGAAGGGGGCUAUACCAGAACCACAAAAAGAAGCGUCACCAGAAACCACCAAGGAACCCGAUGGGCCACCAACAGACAACAAACAAAGCAUAGACAACCAGAAAGGAGCACCUCAAAACGAUCCGCCUGAAACGGACUCUGUAAAAGAUCGGCAACAAAACACGCAACCUGACACCGAUGUAGCUGACAACGGCAUCAAUCAAUCCAGUCUCGAGAGCGGCGUCGACGACGAUGCCCGAAUAUCAGAAGAGAAGGAGGAUGCAGAGGGAGAUGGGGAUGUCCCUACAGAUGGUGAUGUCGACAAAACACUCGUGCAAGAAGUUGGGGAAGCACGCCUGACUUCGAACACUGGUGAAAAACCCGAUAACUCCAACGUUGAGACUACGAACACUGGCGAAGAACCCGAUGACUCAAACGCCGAAACUACACAACAUGCAACAAACCAUUCACCUCCCGAUCCUGCAGAAAAAAUUGCAGGAGAUAGUGGAAACGGGUCCUCAGACAUGACAGUCAACCAACUCAAAACGAUCGUGAUUGAUUCGGGGCCCGCUAUUCCCGAAAAAGCGCCUUUGACAUUGCAAAACAAAACGGCGCCGAUAGACGGAGGCACAACGGUUGGCUCUGACACAGCGCUACUUCCUGUCGUUUCGGCGCCGAAUGCACCAACGGAAAGCAAGUAUCACGAGCUCAAUAAAGCACCUCAAAAUGUGCCCGUAUCGGAAGAGGCUCCUUCCCUCGCCGUGGCGCCUGACGCUGCCACGAAUAGUUUAGCAGUUAACGAAGCUGAUGCUAAAACCGCCCCUGGAAUUUCAGAGGUCGAGACGGCGACUCACUCUUCGGCUGAUGAUGAGACUGAAACACCAAAAGUAGAGGCUGAUACGAAGUCUCCGAAUGAGGACACCACAACUGAAGCCCCAGGUAUGGACAACAUGGCUAACACACCGGCAGAUGAUGCUGAGACUAAAACAUCGGCAUCGCCUGGAGAGACAGCAUCCUCGCCAGCGACUCAACACACUGACACAACAUCAGCGAACCUUGCGACUGAAGCCCAAACAGUUGUUACUGAGACCCAAACCUCAGAUGUCGUCCCUGAGACCAAUAACUCGCCAGAGCAAACUUCAGCAGAGGUCGUGCCUGCCAAAGACUCUGCGAUGGAAGAGACCAUCCCUGCUGGUGCUGAGGAUUCAGCAGUGCACCCGACUAAGAAAAGCUCACCAGAGGGUACUGUGGCAGAUGUGGCCCCUGCUACUGGAACCUCAGCAGACGACACUGAUGCAGACGACACCACGGCUACGCAAGCCAUAGCAGAGAGUCCUGCUACGAAUUCCACAGCAGAGUACGGUAAAGCAGAGGUCGUCCCUGCUACUGAAUCCUCAGCAGAGGACCCUGCUGGGAAAACUUUAGCAGUGGACAUCGCUCCCAAAACCUCAGCAGAGGACGAUAAGGCAGAGAUCGUCCCUGCUGCCGAAACCUCAGCAGAGGAUCCUGCUGGGAAAACCGAAGCUGUGGACAUCGCUCCCAAAACUUCAACCGAGGAAGAUGUUGAGGUUGUCCCUGCUUCCAAAGCCUCGGCAGAGGUCCCUGCUGGGAAAACCGAAACACUGGACAUUGCUCCCAAAAGGUCAACAGAGGAAGAUGUUGAGAUCGUCCCUGCUGCCAAAACCAAAGCAGAGGACCCUACUGAAACUGAAACCAAAGCAGUGGACAUUGCUCCCAAAAGGUCAACAGAGGAAGAUGUUGAGAUCGUCCCUGCUGUCGAAACCAAAGCAGAGGACCCAGCUGGGAAAACCGAAAACCUGGACAUCGCUCCCAAAACCUCAACCGAGGAAGAUGUUGAGGUUGUCCCUGCUGUCGAAACCAAAGCCUCAGCAGAGGACCCUGCUGGAAAACCCGAAGAACUGGACAUCGCUCCCAAAACAUCAACCAAGGAAGAUGUUGAGGUUGUCCCUGCUGCCAAAGCCUCAGCAGUGGACCCUGCUGGAAAAACCGAAACGCUGGACAUCGCUCCCAAAACCUCACCCGAGGAAGAUGUUGAGGUUGUCCCUGCUGCCAAAGCCUCAGCAAAGGACCCUGCUGGAAAAACCGAAAGACUGGACAUCGCUCCCAAAACCUCAACCGAGGAAGAUGUUGAGGUUGUCCCUGCUGCCAAAGCCUCAGCAAGGACCCUGCUGGAAAAACCGAAACGCUGGACAUCGCUCCCAAAACCUCAACCGAGGAAGAUGUUGAGGUUGUCCCUGCUGCCAAAGCCUCAGCAGAGGACCCUGCUGGAAAAACUGAAAAACUGGACAUCGCUCCCAAAACCUCAACGAGGAAGAGGUUGA